CGGCGCGGCGGGCAGCGGGAUGGCGGCGUCGCCCAGCGCCCUGCGCCGGGCCGGCAACGAGGAGUUCCGCCGCGGGCAGUACGGGCCCGCCGCCGCGCUCUACAGCCAGGCGCUGGCGCUGCUGGAGGCCGCAGGGGAGGCCGCCGCUGAGGAGCGCAGCGUGCUGCUCGCCAACCGCGCCGCCUGCCACCUCAAGGACGGCGCCUGCAGCCUCUGCGUGGCCGACUGCACCAGCGCCCUCGGGCUGGUCCCUUUCGGGAUCAAACCCCUCCUCAGGCGCGCCGCAGCCUACGAGGCGCUGGAGAGGUACUCGCUGGCCUAUGUGGACUACAAGACGGUGCUGCAGGUGGACUGCUCCAUACAGGCGGCACACGACGGCGUCAACAGGAUGACUAAAGCCUUGCUGGAGAAGGAUGGCGUGAACUGGCGCCAGAAGCUCCCCCCAAUCCCCACAGUCCCUGUUUCUGCCCAGACGAGGUGGAGCGCUCCUUCUGCCGGAGACCCCGGGGCAACCGCUUCCCCUGCAGCUGCACCAGGCCACACUGCUGGUUCCACAGAGAGAGCUCAGACUCUGAAGGAAGAAGGAAAUGAACUCGUAAAGAAAGGAAACCAUAAAAAAGCAGCUGAGAAGUACAGUGAGAGUUUAAAGCUCAACCCAGAAUGUGCAACUUACACCAACAGAGCUCUCUGUUACCUCUCUCUGAAGCAAUACAAAGAAGCAGUAGAGGACUGCACAGAAGCUCUGAGGUUAGACCCUAAAAAUGUCAAGGCACUCUACAGACGGGCUCAAGCACUUAAAGAACUGAAGGAUUACAAAUCAAGUAUUGCUGAUGUUAAGAGCCUGUUGAAAAUUGAACCAAAGAACACAGCUGCACUGAGAUUACUGCAGGAACUGAAGAGAGCCUAGGGUAACCAAGCAACAAGGAAAGCUUUGUUUUCCACUGCAGAAGCAAGCUUCUUCCUUUCUGGUGUUUUUACUGGGACCAGUCUUAAUGCAGGAUUGGGACUGAAAUCUCUCUUCCACUGCUGCAGAGGUAUAACAGGUCCUGUUCCAGCACAAUGAAUGUUAAGACACACAAUCUGUAUCCAACUCCCUUAUCUGGCUCUAAAAUCAUUCAAAGUUGUAAUGCCCUUCCUGGAGAGGCAUUAUAAGUUAACUUCCCUGGUUGAAGUCAACUUGGCUGUAACUACUGGCCUCAGGGACUCUUUCCAUGUUGGCUAAGAUGCAUGUGAAGUGGCUAUUCUUUUUCUGAAGAGCUACAGAGGGUUCUUCUGUGCUUUUUCAGGUGACAGUUUGCCUGCCUUUGUGCUGCUAUGAUGAGGUUGCUGCAGGAACUGCUGCAGUUGCCCUUGCACCACUCAGCAGUCUCAUACCAGAGACACAAUUACUUGCACAGGGCUGAGCUGUUCCUUGUCCCCACUGAUGCCUGCUGACCCUCAGCUGAGUUUCUGCUGCUUGCCGUGGCUGGGCAGCUUUCUGUUCUUUUCAGUUAUUCUGCACAUAUAAGAAAACAGCAGCAAGUUAAGCCUGCCUUGUUACACUGUGCACUACUUUCAGAUUCUGGGUGCUUGGGGAUGUUACAGUUGGUUUUUUUUGUGUUGGUUGUUUUGUUUGUUAUUUUAAAAACCACUUGAGUUCCUCUGUGCCUUUUGAAGCAGUUGCUACAGGGUGUUACAAAGAGGAGGAGGAUAUGCAGUAACAUCGCCCCUGGCUCUGGCUUACUGCUUCAGUGCAUGUUUAUACUUCUUGGUGUUCUGAUCUGGUAGUGAUGGCACUGACUUAAAAUUGUAGGUUAAGAAAUAUUUGGAGUUACUCUGUGAACCAUUACAGGCAGCUCUCAUUAAAGCCAUGUUUAUUUUCACUUUA